AUGAUUCUGAGUGAAGAGAAAGCCACAGAAUCAAUUCUGUUUGAAAUCAAUGGAAACAAGCUUCUCGAAACAGCUGUUUUGGCUAACAUUUGCAAAUUAGAUACUCAUUUCGAUGCCAGCCAUAUAUAUGAAAAGGCUCUGAUUUCUCAUCCUUUCAAUGCUGUUCUUCAUUCAAACAUAUCGUGUAUUCUCUUACGUUUAAAUAGAAUUGAUGAAGCUGACAAGGAAGCCGAUCUGGCGAUACAACUGCGUCCGGAUUGGCCAGAGGCAUAUAUAAGUAAAGCUGAAGCACUAUGGAAAAAUGGACUGUCAGCUGAUGCUUUGGUUCGAUUUUGCAACGCCAUCCGUCUUGAGGAAAAGAAUAUGGAAAACAUACAGAAAGUUCGAAAAAGAGCGAUAGAUGCACUAGGUAAUGAGUUUCCUAUCGAUAGCUUGAAAGCAUUGGAUAUGGAUAACAGUGGGUUCAUGAUUGUAUCAAUAAUUGGAAUACUACUGGCUAGACAAGGUCAUUGGAAUGAAGCCACUCAGAUUUUAACAAGUUGCCUUCAAAUGAAGGAAGGACAUCCAAGGAUGUUGGAGAUCGUCGUGGAAUAUCUCGCCACAACAUAUUUCAAACUCAAAAAUUAUAGAAAAUCCAUCGCAUACUAUGAACAGUUGCUAGAAACAUCUGAUGAUGAAAAAAAAAUAGGAGUGAGAAGGAACAUAGCAAUGGCAGCUGAGGCAUCACACGAUUUUCAAUUAGCAAUUAUACAAAGAAGACGUAUUUUGGAAAGUGAGAAUCUGGCUGAAGAUGAUGCUGUAUAUGAGACUGUCCAUAUCUGUGAACUUCUGCUGAACGAUGGUCAGCCAGAGAAAGCAUUGAACGAAAUAAAGACGAUUAGCCAGCAGCAGUUUUGCAAGAGAAUAUACGUUGAAGAUAUGAUUCGUGUCUUAGAAGCAAGUGCGUACAUGAUACAGGGUAGAACAGCAAAAUGUCUUUCUUUGUUAGAAAAUUUUCAAUCUGACAAUUCUGAAGUAAUGAUACGUUGUUUGGAAUCGGUUCACAUGAGUUUAGUAAGAGAUGGGCGUAUUGAUGAUUGUAUUCGAUACGUGACGGAAAUUAUACAAAUCGCAUCCGAAAGAGCUGAUUUCAGAUUGAGAUUUAAAGCAACGUUGUUAUUAGCGAAAAGUAAUGCUAACAAGAGGAAGUUUUCGGAAUCUCUCGUUUUAACUCAAAGCUUAUUAACGACCGAGAAUCAAAUAACACCAGAUAUGCUGAAAGAUGUUCAUAGAACUCUGAUGGAAAUACACGAAAAGAAUAAGAAUUGGUCAAGUGCCUUGGCAUCCUGCAAGAAACUGCUAGAGAAAUGUGAAAGAGUCAGUGUGGACUAUGUGAACUGUUGUUUGGACAUUUCGCGAUUUCUCAAAAAUCUUCCACAGAUGCAACAACAACAAAAAUCUUAUUUAAUGAUGGCGGUUGAGUCUUCCGAUUUGUGUGCCCAUCUACCCUCAAAGGUUUUAUCACGUUCAGCAUUAAUAAGGUUCUUAGUUGAGCAAGGAUUGAUGAAAGAAGCAGAAGGAUACAUUGAUGUCUAUAAGGAUUUUCUCGAAUGCAAUAUGUCCAAUGCAUUAAAAGCUAUUAUUAUAGCUGAUUUGACAAAAAUGAAUAAUAAUGGAGAUUUCCAAAUUAACUUCAACCAGAUAGAGGAGAAUCCAAUAAACCAAAUUUUUUGUUCAAUCGAGCUGGCCGAAGCUGAGAUGAAGAAAAGAAAUUAUGAAAGAGCAGAAGCGCUUUUCAAAGAAGGAUUAGAAUCAGCUAUGAAUGUUCAUUUAGCAGAAUGGGUUUUGAAAUGUUUUGUCAAGCUAUCAAACUUAUAUAUGAUUGUAUCCGACUUCCCAAAUUGUUUGCUUUCCGCUGGAAGUGGACUGAGGUUGGCAGACCUAAUGAAUGAUAGUCAAGCUAAGUCAGAAAUAUUGUGUAUAAAGAGUCGUAUAUACUUGGAAAAAAAUAUGUUGGAAGAAGCUAUACAAACUGCCAAAAAAGGAAUGGCCAUAGCUGAGAAAGACAACAUAGCAGAAGAACGUAUAAGAUGUUACAAACUUUUAAAACGAAUUUUCGGAAUAGCAAAGAAAAAUGAUCAGGUUAUCAAGUAUGAGAAGAAAUUGGAUGAUAUUAUCAGAAAUUAA